UUCCCUUCCCUUACUCUCUCAUUCGUGAUAAGUCCUCUACCCUUACCAUACAUCGAGACACCUGGAUUGCAAACCCAUCUUGGCCUGUUUACUCGUGGUGGAGUCUUUGGUCGACCAAUCUGAACCAACAGUGAUUUUGAAGGGUGGCGUUGUAGGCUGAAUCACAGAGCAAAGUAAGAAUGGCAGACUCCGGAUCUGGCCGUGGAGGCUUUAGAGGUGGCUUUGGUACCCGUGGGAGAGGACGUGGUCGAGGCCGUGGACGCGGACGUGGCCGUGGUCGUGGCAAGGAGAACGAGAAGGAAUGGGUACCCAUCACUAAGCUUGGCCGUCUUGUAAAGGAUGGAAAGAUCAGAAGUUUGGAGGAAAUCUAUCUUUUCUCCCUACCUAUUAAGGAAUUUGAAAUCAUCGACUUCUUCCUGGCACCCCAGCUGAAAGAUGAAGUGCUGAAGAUCAUGCCUGUCCAGAAGCAGACCCGUGCUGGACAACGUACUCGCUUCAAGGCAUUUGUUGCCAUUGGCGAUUUCAAUGGACACAUUGGUCUUGGAGUGAAGUGUAGCAAAGAAGUGGCCACUGCUAUCCGUGGUGCCAUCAUUUUGGCAAAGUUGUCUAUUGUCCCUGUGAGGCGUGGAUACUGGGGUAACAAGAUUGGCAAGCCACACACUGUACCAUGCAAGGUUACUGGCAAGUGUGGCUCUGUGUUGGUGAGAUUGAUUCCUGCACCACGUGGUACUAGCAUUGUGGCAGCCUCUGUCCCCAAGAAGCUGCUGCAGAUGGCUGGUAUUGAAGAUUGCUACACCAGUGCCCGAGGACAAACGGCUACUCUGGGUAACUUCGCUAAGGCCACAUACGCUGCUAUUGCCAAGACAUACGCAUACCUCACCCCAGAUCUAUGGAAGGAGACGGUGUUCACCAAGUCUCCUUACCAGGAGUUUACUGACUAUCUUGCUAAGUAUCACAAGAUCAGCUCCGAGCAGCGCCAGGAAACCAAACUGUACUAGAAAACUCCUGCUUCCGUAAAUAAAAAGUUACGGUGUGAA